AUGUGCGAGAUCUUUGCUCUGCACGGAAUACCGGACACAGUCGUCUCGGAUAACGGACCCCAGUAUGUUAGCCAGGAAUUUACCAACUUUGCCAAGGACAUGGGGUUCGCCCACAUCACCUCCUCUCCACACUACCCACAAGCAAAUGGUGAGGUCGAGAGAGCGGUUCAGACCGCCAAGAACAUCCUGCGAAAGAACACAAACCCACACCUUGGUCUCCUAGCAUACCGUUCUGCCCCCCCGGCAAACAGCCUAACCCCUAGAGAGAUUCUGAUGGGGCGGAAACUGCGUAACAAGUUGCCAUCGGUCCCCGAGAACCUAAGACCCCGAAAGAUCGACCAAGAACAGCUGCUUAAGAGAGAACAAGAAUAUCGGGAGCGCUACUCCAGUAACUACAACUCUCGCCACAGGGCUGUGGAACUCCCAACACUCCACCAAGGGGACAAGGUGUUCAUAAGGGACCAGCAAAGGUACGGAGAGAUAGAGAAGAAACUUGCAAGCCCGAGAUCCUACCAACUGGUAACAGAAAAUGGCUCAGGGAUCAGAAGGAACAGAAAAGCGUUAGUCCAUGAACCAGUGGCGACAUCUGGAGAGUCCAGCUCCCUACCGAGCCCUUCCAACCGACCACCAGUACGCGAAGGAGGAGAAGGAUCGCCAGGACCUGCUGCAUCUCCCUCCCCUAGCCCAUCUAAGGCGGUAGUUAGAAGGUCGGGCAGACUUUUAAAGCCCACUAAUAAUCCAGACAUGAUUUAUUAUUAG